CGCCCCGUGACGCCAGGCCCCGCCCCGCGGCGCCCGCUUCCAAGAUGGCGGCGGCGAUGCCUGCCAGGCAGUCCGGGUGGCGGUGACGACGGGAAGCUGGAGAGCAGAUAAUGCCUCACAUCUCUGCCCCGCCGGGACCCCCCGAAGCUCCCAUGACCCCGAAGAAGACAGCUUGAACCUAGACCUCACCCCAGGAUGUUGCGGAGGCUGCUGGAGCGGCCCUGCACACUGGCCCUGCUUGUGGGCUCCCAGCUGGCUGUCAUGAUGUACCUGUCCCUGGGGGGCUUCCGAAGCCUCAGUGCCCUGUUUGGCCGAGAGCAGGGGCCGACGUUUGACUAUUCUCAUCCCCAUGAUGUCUACAGUAACCUCAGUCACCUACCUGGGGCCCCUGUUGCCCCAGGGGGUCCUCCAGCUCCUCAAGGUCUGCCCUACUGUCCAGAACGAUCUCCUCUCUUAGUGGGUCCCGUGUCCGUGUCCUUUAGCCCGGUGCCGUCACUGGCGGAGAUCGUGGAGAGGAAUCCCCGGGUGGAACCGGGGGGUCGGUACCGCCCCGCGGCGUGUGAGCCGCGCUCCCGAACCGCCAUCAUUGUGCCCCACCGUGCCCGGGAGCAUCACCUGCGCCUGCUGCUCUAUCACCUGCACCCCUUCCUGCAGCGCCAGCAGCUUGCCUACGGCAUCUACGUCAUCCACCAGGCUGGCAAUGGGACCUUUAACAGGGCCAAGCUGCUGAACGUUGGGGUGCGGGAGGCCCUGCGUGACGAGGAAUGGGACUGCCUGUUCCUGCACGACGUGGACCUGCUGCCCGAGAACGACCACAAUCUGUAUGUGUGUGACCCCCGGGGACCCCGGCACGUCGCUGUCGCCAUGAACAAGUUCGGAUACAGCCUCCCGUACCCCCAGUACUUUGGAGGAGUCUCGGCGCUCACUCCUGACCAGUACCUGAAGAUGAAUGGCUUCCCCAAUGAAUACUGGGGCUGGGGCGGUGAGGAUGACGACAUUGCUACCAGGGUACGUCUGGCUGGAAUGAAGAUCUCGCGGCCCCCGACAUCCGUGGGGCACUAUAAGAUGGUGAAGCACCGAGGAGACAAGGGAAAUGAGGAAAACCCCCACAGAUUUGACCUCCUGGUCCGUACCCAGAAUUCUUGGACCCAAGAUGGGAUGAACUCACUGACAUACCGACUGCUGGCUCGAGAGCUGGGCCCUCUCUAUACCAACAUCACAGCAGACAUUGGAACUGACCCUCGGGGUCCCCGGACUCCCUCUGGGCCCCGUUACCCACCUGGUUCCUCCCAGGCCUUCCGCCAAGAGAUGCUGCAGCGCCGGCCCCCGGCCAGGCCUGGCCCUCUGCCUACUGCCAACCACACAGCCCCCCAGGGCUCACACUGACCACUCCUUCCUGCCCACCUCAAUCGUGAAACCGAAUCCGAGGGGUCGUAUUCUCCCCGCCCUCGGCUCCUCACUGCUCUCAGAGGGGACGUGGGGGAACUGAACUCCAGUGCUGGGCUGGAGGCAAGGGCCUCUCCUCACUGCUGGACUGGAGCUGGGCUCCUUUAGACCUGGGGGUCCCUCUUUCUAGGGUCACCUGCCAGGGCUUAUGACUGUGAAUCCUUGAUGUCAUGAUUUUAUGUGAUGACUCCUGAGAGUCCCCGGCCCCAGGGGUAAGAGCAGGGCUGGACCCCAAGUCCCUUCCUCUUCCAGGAGAGAAGAGUGAUCCGGCUUUUCCUGGGACCUCUGUGAAUAUUUAUUCUAUUUAUGGUUCCGAGGAAGUAAUGUUUGGUGAAGGAAACCCCUCCCUGGGUACUUUUCUGCCAGUGCUGGAGUAGCUUCCUCUUCUGGACCUGGCGCAGGGGGCUGGGAUUUUGAUAUAUUUUCUAAUAAAGGACUUUGUCUUGCCUCUGC